AUGAGCUCAAUAUCUUCUGCUUACCCUGUACCAUCACCUAUAACAGUAUCACCACCUUCAAGCUCACGUAGCACAGGUUCAACCAAUAAUCAACAAGACAAUAGUAACAAUACCAUCGAUGAUAAUGACUCAAAUUUUGAAAAGAAUAACAAUUAUGGAAGUAAAACACCUUCCGGUAAUCCAAGAAUUUACAACUGUCAACAAUGUAAUCGAGCAUUCACCAGAGAAGAACAUUUAACUAGACAUACAUUAUCAACCCAUAAUAAAUUAAAACCCUUUACUUGUGGUAUCUGUACUAGACCAUUUUCAAGAAGAGAUCUUUUACUAAGACAUGCUAAAAAUUUACAUCAAGGUAGUGAAUUGGCUGUUAGUAGAAUCCGAAAACUGUACAAACGGAAUGAAAUUAAUCAUUAUCAUCCGGACAAUAACGCCGAAGACGAUGAAAAUGAGGAUGAUAAUGACUCAUUAAGUUCUUCCAGUUCAACAAAUAAUAGUCCAACUUUACAAACCACAACAACAACCAAUUCAAAAACAAUGAGAAGAAGCAUUGAUAAUGGAGACUUAACCUCACUUUCUGCAACCUUAAUAACACCGGUUAGUUCAAGUAAUAGCAACACUUCUUCCCACCUGACAAAUUAUAGUGCUAUUUCUCCUUCGGUUUCUACUUCAAAUUCUACAACAAUUCCAAAUGAUACUUCCACCUCAAAAAAGACUAAAAGAGAUUAUCAAACUCCAGAAAAGAAGAGAUUGAAGAUUUCGGUUAAUAUGUUAGUUAGUUGA